GCUGGGUUUCCUGCCGCUCGUUUUAGUUUCGUUUCUCUGUGCUCGCUGAGGCGCCGUGACUGCAGCCAUGGCGGAAGCUCGGGAGGGACGUGAAAGUCCUGGCAGCCUGGAAGCCGAGCUCACCUGCCCCAUCUGCCUGUCCCUGUACCAGGACCCGGUGUCCCUGAGGUGCGGUCACAACUUCUGCCGGCGGUGCAUCGAGGACKUGCAGGGCCCCUACACCUGCCCCGUGUGCAGGGUCCGCCUGGGGUCCACCCUGAAGCUGCAGAAGAAUUUCCAGCUGGCCAGCAUCGUGAAGGCAUUUCAGACCACCGCUUCCAAAAGCCRACAGGACGAGGGCUCCGAGGAGUGGAAUGUGGAUGCGGUUCUGUGUGAGUACUGCCUGGAUCGACCCCAGCCGGCCGUGGUMACCUGUCUGGUGUGCGAGGUGUCCYUGUGCCAGGCCCACCUCAGCAAACACAACUCMAAGGGUUUCCAGCAAGAUCACAUACUGGUGGAUGUGGGAGCCGGCGGAGAGGCGGAGAGGAGGUGUCCGGAGCACGGCAAGCUGCUGGAAUGCUACUGCCGGCWAGAGGAGCAGUGCAUCUGCGUGCUCUGCUCCAUCGCCGGGGCCCACAAGCACCACGAGGUGAUCACCAUGAAGGAAGAACGGGASCAGCAGCUGGAAAAACUCUCCAACAUCACAACAGAGCUGCAGAAUUAUAAAAGUGAUGUACUUACCGUCCUAAAACAGCUUCAGAAGAAUGAGUGKCAGGUCAAGACCACAAACAAAACACUGACUUCUCAGCUACAAGAAGUGUUUAAAAAUAUGAAGACAAAGAUCAUUGAGUCUUUAAAUCAUGAAGAGAAGAAGAUGCUGCGUGUCUUGCAGUGUAAUAAGGCAAGGGACCUGGCAAGCAUUGCUGAAGCAAGGAAGGAAAUGGAACAGAAGAGGGACCAGGCUGAGCAGGAUCUUCAAGCUUUGCAGAAGAUAAAAGAGCAACCAGAUAUUUUCCUCUUCUUCAAAGAAUUGAAACUGGUCUCAGACAGAAUUGCAAGUCUGGAUCUGAGCACUGAGAGUGUGGACAUGGAGAAAGGGCAGCUGGAUCCGAGCAGGGCUAUCACCAUCGAUUACCUGGGAGAGGACUUAAUGUGGGUGCUGAAAUCUGUGCUGGACGAUGCGGAAGAUCGACUCUCUGACCAACUGGAGCAGAUCAGUAAGGCUUCAGCUACUGAUACAUCUUCAAAAUAGUGCGCAGCCUCGAGGCACAGCUCUUGAAAUCUGCACUGGGCAGAAAACUCUGGGAACUCACCAGGGGAAUCACUUCUCUUCAGCCUGAAAGAGACACUGGGUUUGCUUCAGCACUCAGGAAAUCUCUGAGCCUGUAGCAAGGAAAGACCACGGAGGGGUUCCCACCAAUUGAGCAGGAGCUGGAGCAAACCCAGUACCUGAAAGGAUUCCCAGACAAAUCCAAAUGCUGCAGCAGAUGUAAAUGAWAAGUGAAAAACAGAUAUCAGAACUGAGAUGGAAAGAAAAUGUUAAGUAUUAUCGGGGAUUACCUUAAUAAUGAGAACCUUCCAAGUGUUUUGACCUCCCCUCCUACCUUGGAUUCAAAUAAAUUCUGUAACAUAUGAGGUUUUUUAAGUGCUAAGAAUUAACAUGAAAAGAAUAAAACCUCCAACUGCUGCUGCCUUGCAAACUGGAUUGUAUAAUUUCAUAGGUCUAAUUAUGCAUUUGUACUUGUCACUGUGUGGUUGAAUACCAAAUAAAUGGCUCUAGAUCUAUGUAAGCAAGGCUGGAGGAUUUCAUAGAAUCACCAGCAUUUAGUUGUUGAGCGCAUUUUUUGAGUGGACUCGCAAGGAAUCAAGGCUAAAGUUCUCUGCUUUUACAGAACCUGUGGCUACAAUGCUUUUCUGUAAUUUGUGAURAUCACAUGUACCUGAUUUCAGGGAUUAAAAAUAAACACAUAAACCUAUCUCAGCUUUAGAAUAACAUCUCUCUUCCUGCUUUAAAUGGACUCUCCAAGCUGUGCUGUGUGCUCAGCCCUGGCUCUGCUGCACCCAUCAAUUGUCAGCAUAACAGAAAGUGUGUAGCCAAAUUUUGGGAGCUCAGCACUUGCUCAAGGUGACUUUGCUAAUAUUCCUUCCUGCUCGAAGCCAGCGAGGCACGGAGGGCAGCUGCUCUCAGCCACUCAGAUGAGGCAAAGGAAAUGAGCCUGUCCUGCAGCACUUUGCUUACCUGGGCUUCUCUGUGUCUGCCAGCUGAAGGAGCUGUGAGCAGCCAGUGCAGGUCAGURCUGCUGCUGCAGACAGUUCCUCCAGUGCUGCAAAUCCCUGCAGACAGCAACCCUCACUCAAACGUGGGAUUUGUAAUCCUUCUGCCAGGCUCACCAAGUUUUUGGAUAAAAAUGAGUAUCUAGGAAGGUGGGAUUUCUGAGUUAGAUACUAAGUUGAUGGUGCCGUUUGAUUCCCCCAUAUAUUUGCUUGUUCGCAGAGACUCCUUGGAAUUUGAGCCGUGUUUUAAUAUUCCAUGUCUUAGCCUUGUGGGAGCAAAGACCUGAAAGCCUGGGUGAAAGCRGAGUAACACACUUGAGUACAGCAAUUAUUUAGCUAAGCCUUCUAACACACAUCAACACUGAAAAUGUGAUCACCCAAUUUGUUUUUGACUCUAGGUGCCAAUACUGGACCAUGCCACGCACCGAGAGUGUAGCAGUUCUACACAGAUGUUUGUGCAGAGCUCUUUCUUGAUAGCCAUAUGAUUSUGACAUGCAUAGUCCUGAAUAUGGRCAGAGCUUCAUAGUCUUGAAUAUGGACAGAGCUUAUUUCUUUUAUGGCUUAAGUCUUUUGAUUACCUAAGAUCUCUGAUAAAUUGCAUUUUUCCUUUUUCAUUACACCCUCUCCCCUCCAACCACUCAAUUUGCACUUGGCAUUUGUCUCAUCCUUGAUGGAAGCCUUUAAAGUAGCUCAUUUUAGCUCUUGUUUGGUUUUGCCAAGCACUGAAUGAUGUGACUGCAUUAAAUUAAAUGCAUUUCAAGCAUUA